AAACCUGUAAACUUAGAAAAAUUACAUAACGGUGUAGGAAUAACCUUUACUGUAUAAUUGCUCGUAAACUUGCCCUAGCCAUCAAUUUACAUAUGUUAAAUAAGGCUUGAAGAUCCUUGCCACGUGCUGACUAUAAGCCUUUACACAGGAGAAGUCUUAAUGGAGCUGGAGACAACUGCAAUGCAAUUUCAAAUCUUUUUCUUGCUUCUGGAGGAAACCACUGGCUAUUUAUAUCAGUUUUAACAAAUACCCUUUUCUGUAUUCUUCUUAUCUUCUUCAUGUUUUUGGCCUUCUCGUUCUUGUAGGGUGAGCUUUUUCAGAGGUCUCAUGGAGAUAUUGAGGCAUGCAAGUGAAGUUAUAAAUAGGUUGAAGCCUGUGAUAGUAAUGAUUGUAAUCCAAUUUUCAUAUGCUGGAAUGAAUAUUUUCUAUAAGUUGGCUGCAAAUGAUGGGAUGAAUCUGAGAGUUCUUGUGGCUUAUCGUUGGAUUUUUAGCACAGCUUUUAUUGCUCCUUUGGCUCUCAUCUUUGAUAGGAGGAAAAGGCCAAAACUCACAUGGAUGAUACUUGUCCAAUCUUUUUUCAGUGGACUGUUUGGGGGAACAUUGGCUCAGAAUUUGUACUUGGAAAGCCUAGUUCUUACAUCUGCAACAUUUGCAGCUGCCAUAACCAUGCUUGUUCCUGCUAUAACAUUAAUCCUUGCAGCCUCUUUUGGGUUAGAGAAAUUGGGAUUGAAGACAAUUGUAGGGAAGGCAAAAGUAUUAGGAUUGUCAAUAGGAAUUUGUGGAGCUAUGCUUUUAACUUUUUACAAAGGUGUGGAAAUUACAAUUUGGUCCACAAAUUUUCAUCUCUUGAAACACAGCCACCAUCAGAUUCAGAAAACUCAUUUUGCUGGGAAUCAUUUUCUGGGUUCUUCCUUGGCUUUUGGCAGCUGCAUCUCUUAUGCACUGUGGUUAAUCCUUCAGACAAAAAUAAGCAGGAAAUAUCCAUGUUACUAUUCAAACACAGCAUUAAUGUCUUUAAUGGGAUCAAUCCAAUGUGUCGCUUUGUCCCUGUGCAUGGACAGAAAUUGGAACCAGUGGAAGCUAGGAUGGAACCUUAGGCUCCUGACGGUUGCUUAUUCUGGGAUUGUGACCUCUGGGUUGGUUGUGACACUUAUUGCUUGGUGUGUGAGCAUGAGAGGGCCAGUCUUCGUGGCUAGUUUCAAUCCUUUGUCUCUCGUGCUUAUAGCCAUUGCAGGAUCUUUAUUGCUAGAAGAAAAACUGCACCUUGGAAGCAUCAUAGGGGGAGGGUUGAUAGUGUGUGGACUAUACUUGGUGCUAUGGGGUCAAAGCAAGGAGAUGAAGGAAAAAGCUGAGUUAGUUUCAACAACAAAAGCUUCUCCAACAACUGAAUUGGUUGAGGUUGUUGCUCAAGCUCAAGAAUUAAAUGCUUCUCUUACAGAUAAGCAGGAGCAGCAUCAGCUUCAACAUCAACAGAUGUAAUUAAAAUUAAACAAAAUUAAGGAAUAUAAUUUAUGUUAUAUUGCCAAAAAUGGAAAAAGAGAUACAAUAGGAGGGUGAGAUAGGAACAGUGGAGAAUUUUCUGUAGAUGAGUAUCCAGAAAGGCAAAAAGUUUAGAAAGUAAAAGAGAAAUUGUUAUAUUUUAGA